AUGAACGCGAUAGAAAAGAGAUGGACACACAUCUCGACAAAUACUAAAUUCAAUCUACAGCAGUUCCUAUACGCUAUAGACAUUAUAUUGAGCUCUACUAGCUUUGUUUUCAAUAAACAGUUCUACGAUCAAAUCUAUGGCAGUCCUAUGGGUUCCCCCUUGUCCCCCAUUCUCGCGGAUAUAGUCAUGGAGGGCUUAGAAACACAUUGCCUGAGUAUUUUAAACUAUGACGUUCCAGUCUUCGUUAGAUAUGUGGACGACAUAUUCACAAUUGUCCCGCGAGACAAAGUAAAUGAUAUCCUCAAUGUUUUUAAUAGCUACCAUCAACGACUGCAAUUUACUUAUGAGACCGAAAUUAACUCCUCUAUCAAUUUUUUGGACACGUCAGUUAUUAGAGCGAGUGAACAUCUCAUAACCGACUGGUUUAGGAAACCUACGUUUUCGGGACGUUAUAUUAAUUAUUUUUCCAGCCACCCCUUGAAACAUAAAAUCAGCGUUAUAACUAGUUUGGUAGAUCGUGCAAUUUUAUUAGCUGACGAACGCUUUCAUGAUCAAAACAUCAAAAUCAUCCAAGAUAUCCUCUCUGACAAUAGCUAUCCCUCUAAAUUAUGUAACAAAUAUAUCAAACACAGAAUAAGACAAAUCAAGUACGGGGCUACUAGAAAUAAUGACGUUCAAAUAACCAGAAAUCCUAUAGCGAUACCUUACAUUAAAGAAUUUAGCGAAAAUAUCUACAAAAUUUCAAAAGAACGUGGUUUUGAUGUAGUUGUUGAAUAA